AUGGCAGGCAUCGAUCACUCGAGCUACUACACCCGGAAGAACGCCCAGUCCGCCGCCCUCCUCCGCGCGCGCCGCCCGUACCUGGUUAAGAAUGCCGUGACCGGCCUGGCGAUCGCCGGCGUCGCUGCGGGAAUUUACUGGUACACCAUCAACGCAGUCGGCCAGGAUGAGUUCGAGGACGUCAAGGUCCCAGAGGUACCAGUUCACCAGGCACAGGAGAUCAACAACCCCAAGAAAUGA